AUGGCGGACCACCUCACUUCCCUCCCCGAAGACCUCCUCUUCUGCGUCCUCUCCUUCCUCCCCAUCAAGCAGUGCGUCGCCCUCUCGGCCCUCUGCUCCGACUUCCGCCGCCGCCUCCCCUCCCUUAUACCCCGACUCGACACCUUCAGCCUUUACGUCGUCGGCGAUGUCACCCCCCAACAGCACACCUUCCCCCGCGCCCUGAUCCGCCAAUGCCACAUCCGCUUCUCCGACAUCACAUAUUUAUCCAAACGCCCCGAGCGGCUGCUCGUCAAGGAUCUCGUCGAGUCGGGCGUCCAAGAUCUCACCCUCGAAUGCUCCAACGAGCAUUGGACUAAUACCAACUUCAGGAGAAAUUGCAGCCUUCUCGACCAUGAUUUCCUGUUCGCCUUGCUCGCCUCCUGCCCUUUCCUCGAGACUCUGCAUUUCUUGUGUUGCCACAACUUAUACAUGAGCAAACUAAGGAUCCACAACUUAUACAAGACUCUCAUCUUACUUCUUAGCCUCAAUCCACUUGCAGAUCCUCCAAAUGCAUUGAUGAAGCUUCUCGGAACUCCUCCUUUUCGAACAGCUGCUUUUCGAACGACAGACGUUUGUCUCAUGCUGAAGCUGAAUUCUAGCACAAUCACAAACAUAUUAACAGCAGAAAACGAAUUUGAUAGAUUUAUUUAUCCGAAAAUCAAAGAGGACGUCCUGAUCUUCAACUUUGACUUCAAUCUGAAAGAUCAAUCAUCAUCAAUGAUAUUAACCCAGCUGCUGCUCCAGGUGUACAAUGACUACAAUUCUGAGUUUGAUAUACAGGAAGAUUCUACCCAUAUACAGAGCACCAAUGAAACAACAAGGGUCGAUCACUUGCUUCAUGGCUGUACCGACCUAGAGCUAAUUAAAUUACAAAUGAGAAUGCCUGAGAAGACGUUUGAAGGGUUUCUCUCGAAUCCGGAGAAGAUGGAGGAAUUAAAGCAAGUGGGAUUGCAAAAGCUGAGAAGUCGCACCAGCAGAGAGCAGUUCACUGAUAUAUUAGCAUCCAAUGAGCCCCUAGUCCAAGUAUCCUCGAGUAUCACUAAUUGCAUUGAAAUGAAAUUUUAG